AUGAUUAUUGAGUUGAUAGAAGCCUGCAAAGAACUUGAUGAGGUGACACAAUAUGGUUGGAAGAGUAAUAACAUAAGUGGAUACGGUUUGUGUGAUGAUGUUUUUGAGACAACCCUUUUGGAUAUCUAUCAUAAAUGUGGUGGUGUAAGAUUAGCUGCCUUAGUUUUUUCCAAAAUGGAUGCUCAGAAAACAAUAAAUGUUGGUUCGUGGAACACCUUGAUAGCUGCUUAUCUUCAAAAUGGACAUGCUUUGGAAGCUUUUCAACUUUUUCUUCAAAUGAUACGUAGAAACGUUCGAGAGCCAGAGCUUGUCUUAGAAUAUAAUACCAAUAAUGUUUCAAAUGAUGAAGCAAAUGUCUCUGAUGUCAUCAACAUGGCUACUGAAGAGCUUGCUGAUAAUAUCUAUGAUCAAAUCAAGGAUAUCAUCAUGGAGUACAUAACUCCUGAAGAAAGCAUUAUGUUGAAUGUUCUUUCGACUACUGUUGAUUUCACAACAUGUGAGUCCACUAGGACGUCUCAGUCUGUUGAUAAAACGGGAUCGAGAACUUUGUUUGUCGUUACAAAAGCUGGCAAGUCUCCCGAAGGUUUGUUGGAGAAGGUUAAAGUUGACGAUGUUAACACAGGCCUUAGUUAUAUUUGUGUAAGGAAUCGAAUUAGCGAUGAAUCUUAA